CGGAACUACAAUACCUUAGCAACGCUUGGCUCCCUGGGAGUAGUGGCGGUUGAUUCAACAUGGCGGCAGCAGCAACAAAAAAUGGAAAUUCGGGGAUAUUUUGGAUGGAUGGCGUGUCAGAUGAGGAACAGCCCGUAGUGUUUGUUCCAGGAGUGGACACAGAGCUGAAGACAACUUCCAGUUUGCUACCAGGCAGCAUGGGCAUACCUGGUAAAAGAGGUACCAAGAUGCAAUCCAGGCGUAGCACAGAUUGCAAGGCUGAGGCUACACAAAAGAAAGGCUGGAAGAAACAGGAGCACUUACAAAGAGAGCACAUUGGAGUGUAUACUAAAGAUAAAGUGUCAAUCAGUCACAUUUCUUCUGCUACCAAAGAGCACCUUUCUCCAGCCUUGGAUACUUUUCUCCCUUCAUCUCAGGUAAUCUCUGAGAGCAGCAGGGUCAGGAGCCAGGUCUGUUUGAAGGACCUCUGUCCUGAAGAUAAACGCCGAAUUGCAAACCUCAUUGAAGAACUAGCCAGAGUGAGUGAGGAGAGAGAAGAGUCAGUGCAGCGUCUGAAAGAUGAACAAGAACAUUUUGAACACAAGAUCCAACAGCUGGAACAACAAAACCUGAUCAUAGCACAUGAGAGGGAGAGCCUGCAGCAGCAGUACAAAGAGUGCCAGGAAUUGCUUGGGCUCUACCAACAAUACCUUUCUCAGCAACAGGCAAAGCUCAACCAGUCCAUUGCACAGCUCAGCCAGGCACCAGCCCACAGCAAGGUGCUCACUAGUGAGGAAGCCCCCAGCAGGGCAUCUACUAGUAGAGUUCAUGGCUCACUAUUUGAUGGCUCAUACCUCAGCCUUGCUGUAACUCAAGGACAGCAGCCUCAGCGGCACAGGAGUGGUGAUGGGGGAAGAGGCACAGUCCAAACCUGUUGCAACCCUGCCUGUCUUUCCUGUGUUAGUGAAUUCAGUCCAACCGAUGGGCAAAUCAAACAGCAUCUGAGUCAGAAAAAGGAACGCAGGGAGCCAGACUCAGAGUCCUGCCACAGAUGUGCGCAAUGCCAAGAUGGUGGUCAAAACAAUGGCUGUGGAACACAGCAGCAGAGAAGUGAUAAUGCCUCCCAUCUAGAGAAUGGCUACCAUAACACUGUAAACCAAUGUGAAUGUAAAAGGCUCCAGAGUGUGAAUGCCAUGCACUCAGAGGCCAAGGUACCCCUGACUGGGCCUCUGCUGGGUCAGGAGGACUGGGAUGAGAAGAGGUACCAGUUACUACUGCAGAAAAUGCAGUUGGAGAUGGAGAGAGAGAGGCUGCAGGCACGGCUGACUGAGCAGGAGGAGAGGCUUAACAGACAGAAUCAGCAGCUACGCAAGUCACAUCUCGAUUACAGCAGGUUUCAACAAGCUACUCAAGCUGAGUUCAGCGACUCAAACACUAGGAAUGAAGAGCCACAGCUGGAGUACCCCUCUCACCAAGAUUUACCCUUGAGUGUAUUGUCUGUGGUCUGCAGUGUGCAUGAAGAUGCAGAGGUACAUCCUGAAGAACAAAAAUUGCAUGAGAAACGCACACAACCUGUACCUGCCCCUUCCGAUAGUGUGCACACACGUGAGGUUUUAGAGCGGUCUAGAAGAGACAUAGCCACAUCUCCUGCAAAGCCUCCUGCAUGCCUGAGUAAACCCACCUCAGUGUCUGUGAUCCAACAGACCCCGGAUGCCAGGAAAACUGUUGACCACUGAGGUAUGCUGAUUGCACCCUGAAGAACCUGACGGCAUCAAGGACCUCAGGACACACAAUUGUACAUUGUAAAUUUGGCUAUUAUCCAUAAAUUAUAUAAUUUUAGCUCUCGAUCAUGAGUAUAUAGUCUGUUGUUCCAAGGCCUAUUCUUGCUACAGCCAUCUGACUGUUAUGACAGACAUCACUUUGAAAUAGGGAACAGUUGUGGUAGUUGUGUCACAGUAAAACACAACAAAAUGUGGGUGAUCUCAUAUUGAUAAGUUAUAUCAGUAAUCAUGACGCGACACAGUACAAUUUAUUCUAGACUGUGCUUUAUUAUUGGGCUAAGCUGAGACGCAUCAUUCAUUUAAAAUUACAAAAAAAGAGUCCAGGGGACCAGAGAAUGGUGCAGUCUGGGGAGAUGGGGGGUGGGAGCCUAAAGCGCACUGCCCAAUCAGAAGCUCAGCUCAUCAGAAACCUGGCAAAGCUGAAUAUGCAACAUUCAUUUCCCCACUCUCCAUAUGUGCUGAAAUUGGGAAAUAGAUUUCCAGAAUAUUUUGAAAACCAUAAGAAGUAAAAUGUGACUCUAGCAACACUACUGAACUUUAGAUAUAAAAUCACUGAUAACAGCACUGAAAAUAAAAGUGAUUGUAACUCAAUUUCUUUUUUCUUUUCUUUUCUUUAUGAGAUAGUGCAUUUUUCAUUGAAUUUUGCUCUUGGUAGAACACAUCAGUUGAACAAGAUCAGAGCUCUGUCAAAACCAUGCAAAGCAGGAUGGCAAAAUAGGAGCAGGAGAAUGAAGUUUAAAAAAAAAAAA